AUGGGGUUUCGCGGGCAUCCUGAACCUGCGAACAGGAGGACGAAGUCUGCCGCAGCAGCAGCAGCAACAGGAGGAGGGGCUGGAACGGGUGCUGAUGAAAUCCCGCUGAAUCUCUCAUUUGGCAACUUUGAGUUUGAGGAGAUGAAACGCCUGGGACGACGUGGGGGAGGCGUCCGAGAGCUGGCCACGCUUCUUCGCCACGCCAAGCGGCAAACGGAGGCCCACGCUUCCAUGCUGGGCUCAGAGGAGGGCGUGGAGAGGCGCCAGGCGGACCUACUCGACACCGCCAUGCGACGCGCGGUCGGCGUGAAGGUGAAGGAUGACCCGAAGCGGCUUGCGAGGGCGCUGGCAAAGCGGCGCAACAAAAAACGGAGCUCCGCGAAGAAGUGGGCUGAGCGGCUGGAGAAUUUGCAGAGGUCGGUGAACACGGUGGUGGAGGAUCGCACGAUGGCACGGCAGGCAGCGCGGAUGCGUCGAAAAGGUAAAGAGAGGGGAAAACAAAAUCCGCGCGAAACGAAGCGGGCGCCUGGGGCAGCAGCCAAGAAAAAGGCCAAAAAGGGCGCCGAUAGAAAAGGACCCACGGCAGCCGCAAGAAACAAGAAGCCAAGGCAGGGCAGGAAGUAG